UUGCUAUUUGACGAGCAUGGUCGCCGCGACAAGUGAACACAACUUGAAAACAAUGCAGCGAUAAGUAAGACACCGUUUCGGAUAUUUAACAAGAUGCAGAUGUUACUUGUAACAUAUUAAAACCUCAUUUCAUGAGAGUGGGAGACGGAACGAACCGCACUGACAACACCUGUUCCUCUGUUGAUGUUCUUCAAGACGACGUGACAAUCCACCGUAUCUGCUUGUUGUACUUUUGACACAGCUUCAGUUUAAAAAGGAGUUUAUCGCGAUGUUACGCCUCUUCACUGGCAAGGGUUUUUAUGAACUUUGGAAAUGCAGUUCUCUUGUGGCAUCUUGUGUCACCCAGAGAAAGGCCUCAAGCUUUCUAACAGUCAGCAGCACUUGUCAUCACCGACUAGACGUCCCUGCUGGCCACUUCAGUACCGGGACACCAGUGUGGACAGAUGCCUUGGAGCCACAAAAAGACGAAUCAGAGGAAAUACAGACAAUAGAUCUGGAGAAAUGGAAAUCCGUAAUGAAAUCCCAAGCAGCAGCAUCAGGACAGAGAGAAGUCAAUGAAGAAGAAGAUGAUGAAGAAGAAGCAAGUGAUGAUGAUAACUGCAAAGAACCAGGAAGCGAGUUAAAAGACGGUUCUCCUCUGGCGGCAACUCGGGAUAUGGUUGCGAUGUGGCGCCAAGCUGGGAAGCUUGUACCUCAAGAGAUGACUGAUGAACAGAUUCAGACACUGGCAGAGCUCACCAGCAAGUCCUCCAAGAAGAAUUACCUGAAGCACCUGUGCAUCAAGGAGCGCCACAAAACUGCAAAUAAGGAGAAGCGGCAACGGAUGAGGGAAGCAAGGACAGCCUCAUUAGAGGCGAGUACCGGAAGGCACAGCGAUGCAGAGGAAGGGGAUGAUCAGAGACGACCAAUGAUGAAAAACACAUUCCUCCUCAGGUACUGGCAUCGCUCCCUGGACAAGCUGCUGGCCUGGAGCAGCGCCCAGGCAAUGCUGUUUGGUCAGCCGCUGGUUUUUGACAUGAGCUUUGAGUCCAACAUGAGCAAGCGGGAGAUAGAGAACACAACGGACCAGCUGAUGGAGGUAGAAGGAUGGAACCGGCGUGCCACUGAGCCCUUCCACCUCCACUUCUGCAACCUGCAGCCAGACGAGACUUUCCAGAAGGAGCUGCUCAAACGGUACGGUGCAGAGACCUGGGAGCGCCUGUUCAUCACCGCCACUGAUCGCCAGCAUGUCGACCUUUUCCCCCGUGAACAGCUCGUGUACCUCACAGCAGAUUCCCCCAAUAUUCUCCACAAAUUUGACCACUCCAAAGUCUACAUCAUCGGGGGUCUGGUGGACCGGUCCAUUCAGCGAGGGUUGACGUUGGCCAACGCCAAGCGUCUGAAGCUGGCCACAGCCCGUUUGCCACUGGAUCAGUUCCUCCGCUGGGAGACGGGAGCCAAAAAUCUGACUCUGGACCAGAUGAUGCGCAUAUUGCUCACUAUCAAGGAGACUGGGAAAUGGGAAGAGGCGUUCAAGUUUGUGCCUACGAGAAAGCAUGAUGGAUUCCACCACCAACAGGCACAAAAAGAGAUUACCAAACCCAGGAGAGUCACAAAUUAUAGACCAAGAGAGGAUGGUGGCAGGUGGUCGAUAUCAUCUGGUGAACAUACAUUUAAAAAUGAGGGCCAAAGUUUUCCCAGGUCCCCAAAACAGCCUGGGUUCACUGGGAGAGACAUAAUGGCUAGACUGCCCAGUGACAGAGAAAACAAACCAGCUGCAGCCAGAGUAUCAUUUAAGAACAUCAUGGAGGGAAGAAAAGGCCCACACAGAAGGUAGACAUGGAGGGAUGAUAAGUGAAGUCAACAAAAAUUGUAAAAAUUUGUGGUUAAUAAGUGCAUGUUUAUAAGCACUGUUUGUGGAAAUGUCAAAAGGUGAGACAAGUGGUGAAUAAAAUGUUAAUAGGUAGUCACUGGUGCUUACUUUCUGAGUUCCAAUGCAGGGUUAUACACAAGACAAGAACAAGACAUUUUAAAAAGAUAGAAACUACUUUGGUCUUUAUUUUGGUCUGACAUAGAAAACAAAAGAUCUGCUGGUCACUGUAAAGUAUACAGUCACCAACCCUGCGAAAAGCAAACUAUCCAUACAGAUGAAAUAAACCAAAAUAUACAGCUUGGUUUUAGAAAAUUGUAAAAAGGCAUGCACAGUAUAUUACUAGUCAUUUCAACAGUCUUAUAUAUUUUUUAAAUAAAGCAAAAAAGCCAAAUAAAUGACACAAUUCAAUGAAAACAAAAUCAAACAUAACUUUAAAUUCAAAUGUCAGACUUAAAUAAUGGGACCUGUGUGUGAGAGAAACAGGUAACAUCAGGGCUUUCUUUGAACAAUACUGCUGCACACUAACAGUCUAUCGUUGUACCGUAAAACCACUUCCAAAAAAUGUUGUGUAUAUUAUAAUGCCAAUAUACAAAAUAUGUUAACAAUAAUAAAUAAAGUACGAUAGCACCAUCAUACAGGGAAACCCCCGCAGUAUAAGAGGUGUCCUCACUUAUUUUUUGUUAUUGUACAUGUGAGCCUCUGCAAUUUCCCUAUUAUCAGUUGUUUGUUAAUUUCCUGGAGGGUAUUUGUACAACAGGCUGUUUGUACACUGACAUAUGGAUUUAGGAUUAUUUUUAAAUAAAACACACUAGCCUAAUGUUCAAGUUUGAAUAGGAAUACCGCCUAACAGUGUAUUUUCACCAUGUAACUCUGACUCAACUUGACCUCACAUUCCAGCAAUAAAUAACACUUUCCACGGUUUAAACCAGA